AUGUGUUACCAAUUGGUUGAGCUGUACUCGGCAUGCCGUUGCCUCUACUACCAGCACGCUGUCGACCGAUGCGCCGGCUAUGGACGCCCCGGCCACAGCAUCCAGCAGCGGACGAUAUUUGUUGGUUACGCUUGUAGUGCGCAUACGCAGAGCGCUCGGCAGCAGUCCUCGCCGUACACAUACUCCGACUCGGGCUACCACAGCAGCCGAUCAUCUCGAAGCUCCCACCACUACCGAUGA